AUGCCCCGGGCACCCCCUGGUGGCAAGCCGCGGCCGCCGCCGACGCGGCCCAAGAUGCAGUCCGUGGGCGAGGAUGAUAGCGACGAGGAGAGCUUCGCCUUCGUCGUGCCGAGCCGCCACGGCUCGCCGCGCGAGCCGAGCCCCCGCAUCCCGGUGCUCUAUAAUGUCGGCAAGGAGAAGCCCCGGCCCCCGCCGGGACGACCACCGGUGAAGAAGGACGCCUCGGCGGCGGUCGCCGCGGCGAACGCCAUGUGGGACGCCAUGGCUACUGAUCCGGAGGCUUUGGCUGGUCAAAACGCGUUGGCCACGGAUCCCAUUAUUAGAGGGGCGCAAAGGGACUCCUUCGACGAUUAUAUCGGCGCCCGUCGCCUCUCCGACGACCUGGGGGACGACUUCCCGGCCGACGACGAGACCACGGCGAACGCGUUCGUCGUGCCUUCCAGAAGCCAAAGUAGAUCGAGAAAACCGGCACCACCGAAGAAGCCACCUCCAACAAAAAAGCGUGCUGCACCGGUGGAGUCGUUAUCGUCGGACUCGGACUCGUCCCUCAGUGACUCGGACGACUCGGGCGUCGGAUUUGUCGUGCCCACGAAACACAAGGCCCAGCCGUCGCAGGCGGCCAUCGAAAGAGCAAGGAGAGCGUCGCAGGGCCGGCGCGAGGCCUCCUCGUCGGAGGGCCGCCGCGACGAGGAGUCGAAGCCUUCUUCGCAAGCUGUCGAAAGAGCCAAGGCCGCGUCGAUGCGGGCGAAGAUGGCGCACAAGCCGGCGCCCCCGAAGGGCCCGGCGCCGCCGAUGGCUAGGCCUUCCGCUCCUUUAUCUGUCGCUACUGAAGGUACACUGUCCCGGACGGGUUCAUUUAGAGGGCCGCCGCCCAGAGGCCCGCGGCCGCCGCGGGGCCCGCCGCCACGUACAAACUCGUCGUCUUCUCUGGUCAGGACGGGCUCGCAACAACACCUAGUAAGAAAGGACAGCUGGCGCGACGUCCACCAAGGUUUGGAAAGAAAGGACAGCUUCCGCGAGCCGCCGAAGAUGCCGCGCACGGCCUCGUCCCAGAACUUGACGCGCGCCGGCUCGAGCCAAAACCUGGUCAGGAAGGGCAGCUUCCGCGCGCCGCCGCCGGGCCAGCCCCGGCCGCCCGGCCGACCGUCGACGAGUGAUGGUAGAGGACUAAAAGCUCCAAGCCACGCGCAGCUCGCCGCCGCGCGCUGGGCCGCGCGCAAGGGCCCGUCGGGCGCGCAGGCCCUGGCCGCCGCCGAGCGGCGCGAGCCGCCGCCGCGCGGCAUGGUGCCGCCCGGAGCUGCCCCUGGUUUUAAUCAAGAAGGCCCGCGGCCGCCUCAAAAUAGACGGGAAAGGGCCGAGGCCGCGCCGGCGCGAGCGUCACUCCAACAGGAGAAGCCCCGUUCGAUGUCACCGGCGCCGCCAUCAAAGGCCCCAGAUCUCAGAGACGCGCGCGCGGCUCGUUUAGCCGCGCAGCAUGCCGGUGGAGGGAAUAAGCGACGGAAGCUCGAGGACGACGAGGAUGACGAUGUUGGUAAAAGAGUAGCGAUGCGGCGGCCGGCGUCGACGGAGAAUCUGUUCGACACGGGCGACCUGGGCGCGCCGUGGCGCGACCCGGCUCCUACACUCGCGCUGACGCGGAAGGCGUCGCAACAUAACCUUACGAGGGCGGCGAGUGCUGCCAAUGUGAUGGGCUUGGAGGAACCUCUCCUACAAACGGUGGCGCGGGAUUUAGCAAGGCAGAAUUCACGUCAAGAUGUACUGAAGCGGCCCGCCUCGACCAACAACAUGGCCCUGCCGGAUCGGGUCACGGUACGGAAGCGCGCGCCGCCCGGCACUCCUUCGCACCGUUCACCGCCGAGCCACCCGCCGCCCACGCAAAACAAGGGCAAGGCGCCGCCCGGCCCGCCGCCGGGGCCGCCGCCGGGCCACAAGCUCCACAUUCCCGGAAGAAGUGCACCGGCGAAGCGGUCGGCGCCGCCCACACCCAAAGCUAAUAGGCCAGCGGCACCGUCACAGCCGCCGGGCAAGGACCCCAUUUUUGAUACUGGAGUGAUUACCAAAAGAAGCACUGGUAGAGCCCCUCCACCGAGGGAAGGUAGACCCCCACCGGAAAAGGAGACGGCCCUCGUGAUAAAGAAGAAGCCCGUCCCAUCAUUGGAUCUGGGCAGCUGGGCCUGCCCGCUCUGCACCUUCCGCAAUUCUCCUCAAUCGGAAACGUGCGCGACGUGCCAUCGCGCGCGCGGCGACGCAGAAAAAGCAGCUGAAAAAUUAUGGGCCGGCCCGCCCGCUCCCUCGACGACCGGCCGCCCGCCACCCCCACCGAAACCAAGAGCGGCACCUUUGAUCGAUUCACGACCGGAGGAGGACGCCCUCGCGACCAAAAGACGAUUGCUCUACUACCGGAAGAAGCCGCCCCCGAAAAGGCCCAAGAUCAUGCGCCCGCCGCGCGCGCCUGGUACUCAACCGCCGGCCCACGCCCUGCCGGCUGGGGUUGUGUACAAGGAAUCUCCCCGACGGAAACGACGACGAGAGAGACAGCAAAGGCGGAAAGCGCACGCCGUCCAGAGCAAACACUUCACGUCGACGUACAACAAGGACUGGGAGGACGCCAGGGCUUCUAGGCCUCUAUCUCUAAGAGAGACGGCGGACCGGGGCUUCAAGACCGCGCAGAGUGCGCUGGACGCUGUGCCUGAAGGCGUGGUGUUGAACGAGCUGAGAGAUAUUGGUGGCGUGCCCUGCGGCAUCACGGUCAUCCAGAAGGAGUGGCGAGCGGUGGUUCAUGCCGUUGAUUUGGAACGGGGCGACGAGUACUCGGCGUCUUCGGAGUUGCAUGCUCGGUAUGUGGAAGCGGCGGCGCCCACGCCAGACCAAAAAAUAAACUUAUAUAGGGAGCUCGUGGACGCCUGUGCUUUUAGAAGUACCUUAGAAGGUCGAAGGAAGGCCCAGCGCAAGUUGGAAGUGAUGCCGUCUCCCAGACUAAGUGCGGCGCAGAAACAAGGCGGCCGCGUGUGCGUGUUGCGGGAGCGGCUCGUCGUGAGCGGCGCACUCGUCGAAGUCUCGGCUCGGGCAAGGUCAAAACCGGACGUCGUCGAGUUGCGACUGAGGGACCCAGCCUCGAAAUUAGAAGCGGCUCUCACCUUUCCAUUGGUCGCCGCACCUCGCUUGGCCAAGGUCGCGUACGACAGCCACGUCGUCAAGGUCCGAGAAAGGUUACUCGCCACGGAGCACUUGGACUGGGAGACGCCCUGGGCCGCCGCGGCGGCGGCGCGGGCGGGGCCGGCGUUUCCUGGUGACAGUGUCGAGCCGUCGAGGGAUGUGCGCGCCACAGUCGCCAUGGCCGUCGAGUUCGCGUGCCACGAGCUGGACAUGUCCAUGGUCGAUGAGAACCGGAAGACGUCUCUGAAGCUCAAACCGUCUCCAGUACUAGUUGCGCAGAUCGCGGAAGGGUGCCGCCACGCUCGAGCUGCCGUAGUAUUGCAGAAGAACGCGCGGGGCAUGUCCGCUAGGUCUCCGGAAGGCCAGGCAGCGAGGGCGGAACGUUUGCGAAGGGACGCGUCGAAAAUAUUGCAGGCACUUAUUAGGAUGAGAUUCGCGAAGAGACGGGCGGCGAUUCGCCGGGAGUCAAUACGAAGGGAAAUCAGACGGAGGGAAAAGAAGGCGGCCACGUCAUUGCAAUCCGUUGUACGUGUAGCGCAAGCCAAGUGCCUCUCAAAGAUGUUGCGCUACCUCAAGAAGGACGCCGCGCGCGCGAAGAAGGUCGCUGCCAUCGCGAUGGCGAAGAUGCGCGACCGGGAGCGAAGGGCCGCUCAAUUAGCCAUCUACCGGACAGCGCGGGCGCGCAUGCAGAUCCAGCGCUGGUCGCGCCAGGCGAUCCAGAACAUGAGACGACGGAAGCGCGAGGAGCGGUUGCGGCGCAUCGAGGCGGCGCGAUUGCAGGCCGAAAAGGACGCAUUGGAGCGGAAAAGGGCCGCUAUUAACAUUGGAAGGAUGUUGAGAGGCUGGGUGGCGCAGCAGAUUGUGACACGAUUACUGUGGGAGAAGUACGAGCUCGAGAAGGCGGCAUCUACUUCUAUACAAUGUAUGAUACGGUGCUGGUUCGCGCGGUACGAAUUAGCUGUGCGGGAUUAUGAAAGGUUGGCCUGCCGGGCGAUCCAGGCCCUUUGCAGAGGUGUGUUAGAAAGGAAGAUCAUCAGACAGGACCGGGCGUCUGAUACCAUUGCUAGGUUCUGGCGUUGUGUGGAUGCGAAGACGACCGCGCGCAUUAUCCUGGAGCAUAAUCGUAAAGAAUUGCUCCAGAGAGCGUCGCAGUUCGCCCAGGAAGCAAUAGACGCGGAUCGGAGAUACGCGGACGCCGUCGCGGCGAAGCUCCUCACGGACAAGAUCCAGCAGGAACGGGCCAUGGCCGUCAUCAAGGCCAUGCGCUGCGCUUCUGAAAGCGCCGUCAUUGCUAGAAGACGCCGCUCGACCUGCAAGGAGCUCGCGAAUGAAAUCAGAGACGCGAUCCGCACCAGAGCGUCCACAACACUCCAGUGCUUCAUCCGACGACUAUUGGCGGGAGCGGAGACGAGAAGACGCCGCGAGCUCAAGAAGGCCUUGGGCAUCGCUGCCAUGGUGCGGAGGAAGAAGGCCGAAAAAGAAGCCAAAGAACAGGCCAUCGCGCGCAAGAAGGCGAAGCGCGAGAACGCGCGACGGGCGCUCAUCCGCUUCCAGUCGGCCUGGCGCGCGCACCAAGCUCGGCAGGUCUAUCUGGUCAAAUAUGUCCAGAGGCAUGCUUGUAUCCAGUUCCAGUCGUUGGUUAGAAGGUCGCAAGCUCAGAGAAAGAUUGGUAAUUUGAAAGCGAAGCAGUCCGAAAUAAUAGAGAAGAAGCUGCAGGCUCAUGCCGCAUUAGUGUUCCAGAAUUGCUUGCGGCGGAAGCUGGCGCGGAAUCUGUUACUCACGAAGCGGUUUGUUCGAGAUGAUAGAAUAUUGGCGGAGAAGACGGCUCAGGCGGCGAAGGCGGAACUUUCGAGAUUGGCCCAGGAGGCCGAAGUUCAGCGGCUGAAGGACGAGGCCGAGGCGCUCGAAAGAGAAAUCCGGGAAGCUGAGGAAAAUGAAAAGAAGAAGGCUGAGGAGGAAGCGAGGAAACUCAGAGAACUCAAGGAGGAGGCCGCCCGGAAGGCGAAAGAAAAGGAGGAGCAAGACCGGCGGGACGCCAUGGAAGCUAAACUGCGCGCCGAGGCGGAAGCGUUGAUUCAGAAUAAUGCGGCAAGGAACAUCCAGCGCACGGCGCGAGGCCGACAGUUAAGGGUGUGGAUGGCCUGGGAGGCCCAGCAGGCGGAAGAAGCGAGACUCGAAGCGGAAGCGCAGAACGACCAGGCCUGGCGCGAGUGGGGGGCUUCGAUCAUCCAGGCCUGGUAUCGCCGCCUCGUGACCUUACAAUCAGAAGCAAAUGAGCGGGCCUGGAACUACUGGGCCGCGUCCAUCGUCCAGACCUGGUGGCGCGAACGGUUAGCUAUCACCAAUAUAGAAGCAGCAAAUGCGAUGUGGCAGCGGCAACAGCAGCAAAAAGAAGAACAGCGCCAGCGCAUGGCCACCAUCGCGCAGAAAGCCAUGGCUCGAGAGUCGGCUCGAAGUCAAGCGAUGGCCCGGAAGAAGAAGGCCGCGCAGGAGUGGAAUAGGGAAAUGGAGAACCAGGGCGGUUCGCGACCGGGCUCGGCCUUCACCUGGGCCGACGCCACGCCGAGAGAUACUGCUCGUAGUGAGUCGCAUUUCUCGCCUCGUGGUGGUUUGGAUACGGCUCGGUCCGAUGCCACCGAUGUGUCCGACAUCUCGGAUGCUGGUAGAUUUGUCGAUGAAUUUGAUGCCGAUGAUAAGCAGGACGUCGAGAAGCUCUUUAGGGCCGUGCGGCAUGGUAGGAGGGAUGCUAUCAGACAGUACACGGAGAAGGGCUUCGACGUGAAUCUUCGCAAUAAACAUGGGCAUACCUUAGCCAUGGUCGCCGCGCAGAACAACCAGAAGGCAAUUCUGAAACAACUCUAUAGAUUUGGGUUGGCCGAUUCCAUCAACGACCAGGACUACAAAGGGAAUACAGCAUUACACUACGCGCAGAUGUACGGCUAUACCCAACUGGCGGAGUACAUGGUCUCGAAGUUGGGGGCGGACGAGACGUUGGUCAAUCGCGACGGGGCGUCGGCGUGGAUCAACGUCGAGGAGGCCACCGAAGUGGCGGACUAACUUUGUAUUGUGUUA